UGCGGAUAGUUGUAAAAGGAAGAGAACUUGAAUAUUAUUCUAUUCUUUACCUCGUCAACAGCCUAGACUUGUCCAACAAUAAUUUAUCCGGAAGAAUCCCAAUGGAGCUUAUUGAGCUUGCUAAAUUAGGCACCUUGAAUUUGUCCAUAAACAAUUUGUCAGGAAGCAUACCGUUGGAGAUUGGGAAGUUGGGAUGGCUAGAAACUUUUGACCUGUCAAGAAAUAAAUUUUCAGGCCUAAUCCCACCAAGUAUGGCUCAGUUGACUUUUUUGAAUCACCUAAACCUAUCAUACAACAACUUAUCAGGAAAAAUUCCUAUAGCAAACCAGUUUCAAUCUCUAAAUGAUCCAUCCAUCUACGUGGGCAAUACUGCGCUUUGUGGUAUGCCAUUGCCAACGAAGUGUUAUGAGGAAAAUGAAUAUUCUCCGUUUCCUGAUGAUGAAAAUGAUGGUGAAGAUGAAGAUAAUUUGAAAAAACGGUGGUUCUUCGUUACCAUUGGACUUGGUUUCCUUGUGGGGUUUUGGGGAGUUUGCGGCUCUUUGAUCAUCAAAACAUCUUGGAGAGUUGUUUAUUUCCGCUUCAUCGAUGAAAAGAAGGAUGCAAUUCUUACAAUCUUUUGAAUUAAUGGGGCACGUGUGCGAGAAAUGUUCUUGGCAAUCAAAAUGAGCCAACAAGAAAUGUGAAGAGUGAAAGAGCAAAUAACAGAACUGCAAAAACUGCUAUAUAUCACAUCCUGGAUCUAGCGAAAUAGGAUGAAUUGAGAUGGUAUUUUGUAAAUACGUGAUUAUCUUGAAUAUAUUAACUAUUUUUUAUUUUC